CACUGAAUGCACAUUCUAGCAACAACUUGCAACCAAACACAUGGAAGCCCUUAUUUACAUCUCGGUUCUUGUCUUAGCCUGGUACAUAUUCGAUAGAUAUUUAAUUACCAAGAUCAAAAAUCUACCGCCAACUACAUGGUCUGCAUUAUCAGUAAUAGGUUUCCGUAGCUACUUCAAGCGGCCCAUCCACAGAAUCCUAUCCCAUAUCGCCAACUGCCACGGCCCAAUUUUGCUGCUCCGAUUUGGCUGCCGACGAGUACUACUGAUUUCUUCGGCAUCUGCUGCCGAAGAUCUCUUCAAAAACAAUGAUGUCGUGUUUGCCAACCGACCCAAGCUAGUGCCCGGGAAGGUAUUUGGUUGCAACUUCACGAACCUCGCGUGGGCAUCUUAUGAUUCUCACUGGAAGCAUCUACGCAGUUGUGUUUCUUGCUUUGAAAAACAACAGUCUCAACGUCUGCCAGACCUUCUUGCUGACGAGGUGAAGCUGUUGAUUCGCCAGCUUUGUUGUAACAACAAUGAUGCAAUACAGUUAAAACCCAUGUUUCAGGAGUUAGUUUUUAACGUAAUGAUGAGGAUGUACGCAGGAAAAAGCUUUUCUGAUAGGUCUUGCCGAUAUAAAACGACCGGCCAACAGAAAGAAAACGAAUUAAUCUCUUUGCUGGAAUAUGCGAUACACUCGUUUAAGAUGACUACCGCAGAGAGUGAUCUGACAUAUUUUAGGCCUAUAUUAAAGUUGUUGGGAGUUACAGGUUUGGAGCAAAGAUGCACGCAGUUGCAAAGAAAGGGUGAUUCACUUAUUCACAACUUAAUUAACAAAAUACGAGAAAAAUCGCUCAAAGAAGAAAGUUUAAUCCAGUUCCUAUUGGAUAAACAAAAAGAAGAUCCUCUAAAUUACACUAAGGAAAUUAUCAGCGGACUAGUGCUUGAAUUAGUAUCAGCAGGUAUAAAUCCAUCCGUUGGAAUUUUGGAGUGGGCAUUUGCUCUUCUACUGAACCAUCCACACGUUCUACAAAAAGCUCAAAAUGAGAUUGAUAACAACGUUGGAAACAAGCGUUUCUUAGAGCAGCCCGACCUAAACAAUUUGCCUUAUCUCAAUUGCAUUGUAAAGGAGACAAUGCGAUUAUACCCGGCUGCCCCUCUUCUAGUCCCUCAUGAGUCAUCAAAAGAUUGUAAAGUUGGAGGGUAUAAUGUCCCUAAAGGCACAAUGCUAAUGGUGAAUGUUUGGGCAAUUCACAAUGAUCCCAAUACAUGGGAAAAGCCUAGAAACUUCAAUCCAGAAAGAUUUGAAGGCAUUGUAGGCAAAGAUGAAUUUAAGCUAAUGCCCUUCGGACAUGGAUUAAGGAGUUGUCCUGGGAAACACAUGGCAAUGCGUGUGAUCACUAUGGCUUUGGGCUCACUCAUCCAUUGCUUUGAUUGGGGCAUGUUUGGUGAGGAGAGGGUUGACAUGACCGAACAGACGGGGCUUGCUUUGUUCAAGGACAAACCUUUGAUGGUUGUUUGUCGCCCACGUUCUAAGAUGAAUGAUCUACUUUCUCAAAUUUGAGCAAGCUCUUUUUGGCAGAAGAGUGUUUAUCUAUGAAGUAUAUAUGUUGUUUAGAUUUAGUUUAUUUGUGUUUUGGCCUUUGUAUUUGAUAAUAUCCUGUUAGGAUUGUUAUUACGUGAUGAUAUUAUUAGAUAUGUAUAAGCUAGAUAUUAAUAUGUAAAAUAAUAUUAUAGGAUGUGUCGGUUAAACCCGACGGUUAGUUAAUUAUGGCAGUUACAACAUAGCCAAAUGUAUAUAUACGUAUGGUUGUUCAUUAUUUACGGUUACCAAGAAGAUAUUCAA